AUGGAAGCGGCGGUAGCGACAUCCCACAGGGCCAAGCUCAGGCAGCAGAUCUUGAAUGGCGAGCAGGACAUCGCCGCCUUGAGUGGCAACCCCCAGCCCCACUACGCGCCACCAAACUCCCACAACAACCCGCACCACCAUCUACCGCCAGGCCACCACCAGUCUAACUACGACCUCAUGACGCCGUUGCCAGCCGUGGGCCAGCCAGGAGGGUCCAGGAAGGGCUCGUUGACGUCCCAGUCUGGUAUGAACCGGUUUUUCCGCCGGAACAAGGCUGGCGCUGCCUUUGACGAGGACACUGGCGCUGACAUCCAGGACCUUGCCACCGCCAACAUGUCCUUCGACGACAUCACCCACAUCCGCGACAGAGGCCCCUACGGCAUGAACGCCGCCAAGUCGUUGGACACCACCCCCAUCAUCCCCACUUUGAGUGGCACAGGCUCGUCCACGGGUCGCAACCUCAACAACAUCCAGUACAGAAAACAGAUGAACCACCAGAAGAAGAUGGCGUUGGCGUCUGGCGCCAGAGCCAUGUCGCUCGCCACAGGCGGAAACCCCAUGCAGCCAGCGCAGCCAGUGUACGGAGGCGAUCCACGCGCCAUGUCGUUGAGCUCGUUCUCUCCGGGAUAUCGGGCCAUGUCGUUGAACUCCAACCCUAACGGGCCUCGUACGAUGUCAUUGAACAACAGGGGAGGUCCGGGAGGUCCGGGAGGUCCCCCUAUGGGUCCUGGAGGCCCCAGAACCGCAUCGAUGAGGAGCAACGGAAACCCAUAUCCACAGGGACCGUACCAGGGGCAGUUUCCUCAGGGAUACCCCCAAGGACAUCCACAGGGACAUCCACAGGGACGUCCACAAGGGCAGCUUGCACAGGGCCAAUUUCAAGGCCAUCCCCAGGGCCAUCCCCAGGGUCAUCCCCAGGGCCAAUUUCAAGGUGUGCCCCAGGCCCAACUUCCCCCUGGUGCCCCCAGAACCCACUCGCUAACCAACGGAAACCAUCCGAACCAGUUCUACGCCCCCCAGCCCGGCCUUGAUCCAAAAGGCCCCCAGAUCCCCCCGGUACAACAAUUCCCCAACGCAAGACCAAAUGCUCCACAAUACAACUACAACCCACCUGCUCCUCCGCAGCCAGAUACUAACGCAUACACCCAGCAAAAUUCAAAUGAUUCCCUCAUGAACGUGGUGGAAGAAGACGAAGAAGAAAGCAUAGCUGCCUCCCCUAGCCUCGACCCAAAGGCCAGCAUCAGAAGAGUGCCUCCUCCCGCUAUCUCCACCAAUGAUGACGAGAUAUACAAGUACGAGUUCGACAGAGAAGACGAUCUGGCUUCACUUUCCCGAAAAUCCACUCUUCAAAAGACAAACUCCAUGAGAUUGCGUAAAAUUAAUUUGUUCAAUUCAAACGAAGUCAAGGAACAAGCAUCUCCACACAGAGAGAUCCCAUCUACCGAUGAGUACGAUACCUCUCCCUCCUUCAACAUCCGCAAGGACACCACUAAUAGAGAAUCCAUGAUGCAUGACGAGGACGACGAACAUACCGAGAACUAUGGCGAUAAGUUCAAGACUUUGGGUGCAACGGCAGCAUCUAAUGGUACCAGCAAAGAAAUCUUUGUCACCGCACCCAACUUGGUAACUCCUCGUAAAUCCCCUAAUAAAGAGUCCUACAUCGAGGAUGAUGAUUCAUCGUCCCUCAGAGAAAGAGGUUCUCCUGAAAAGAAUGAUUUGUGGAGCGCCAAGAAGAGACUGGCCUCCAUCCAAUCGUUAGUUGCAAAUACUGCCUUUAGUAACUUUAGAGCAGUCAGCGCCGAAAAGACAGAGCCGGAAUAUUUGGAAGAAGUUCCAGAAAAGACAUCUCGCCCUUCUUCGGAAAAGAGCUCAUACAAGGAAAAUAUGGGUACUUCAACUCCUUCCACAGAUAAUACAUCAACUCUCUCCAAUUUCCAAGCCCCUUAUGCUAACGAUGAAGACUUAAAUGGUUCUAGUGAGGUUGGCACUCCUGAUGAUUCCACAGAUUUUUCCACCAGCAGCAGCAAAAAGGAAAAGCCCAGGCAUUUUUCUUUGACUGGAAAGUCGAAGAAUUUGUUCAAGAGAUUGUCAAAAUCUGGAAAGAGAUCCAGUGGCUUGGUUGAUCCAGAGGAUGAGGAACAAACCCAACCAGUGAAUGCAUUGCAAAAGAUGAGUACCUCACAAAAUAGAUUAUCGGGAGCAUCCGUUAACUCUGCCAAGCCAUCGUUGACAUUCACUAAAGAAGAAUUGGGAAUCAUCAACUGCAAUAACGAAUUAUUGAAUGAAUUGCAGCUUGUCACUGCAGAAUUGGCAUCAUCUAUCAAGAGAGAAUUGAGUUUGGAAACAAGAAUAAAGCAGAAUAACUUGACUUCCAGCGAGACCGAUUAUGAGCUAGAAGUCAUUGAGAAACUGAAAACGGUUGCUGAGUUACAGGAGAAGUUGAAUAAGGAGCGCCGUUUGCGGUUCAUCAGCGAGGAACAUGCUUUACUCUUGGAAAAUGGACAAUCCCCAAGCCCACUCAAGUUAAAUUAUGAAAAGACCGAGUUAUACCAACAGCUCUUGUUAAAGAAUGAUACUGUAAACCAGCUUGAAGAUAGGUUGGCCGAACAGGAAAAAAACACACAAUCUGAUAGAAAUCUUUUGGAUAAGUACAACGAGCUUUUGAAGGAAAACGCCCAAUUGAAGUUCGAAGUGAUUCCAGAAUUAGAAAAAAGAGCCAACGCCGUGGAAGCAACCAAUGGCACUAAUAGACAGCUUUCUUUGGUAAAUGAAGGCUAUGACGAGUCGUAUGACGAGUCUCAAGAAGCGAUUGUGACCUUGAGAAGCCAAAGAGAAGAGCUCAGGGAGGUUGUCAGUCAAAUUACUUCCAAGCAUGACUACGAGCUCAGAACUGCCAACGAAAAGAUCAAGGCAUUGGAGGCAAAACUUCACGAUCAGAAGGUGAUCAAUGAUAAGUUGAGCAGAAGAGUCAACCACGAGGAGGUUUCCGAGCCUCUCAGUGUGUUUGCGCCACCUAAAGGGGGUAAAUUGAAUGGAUUUACUAUCGUCUCACCUAUAAAGAGAAGUUUCGGCCCCGAAUGA